AUGACUUCAUCCUGGACCAGCACAGCAGACUCGAAUAUCUACAAAAGAGGUCAGGUUGUCAACCUCCAGGUUUCUGCUGAAAUGAGGCCAGAUGAACAGCUUUUCAUCCAGUCCUGCUUUGUCUCUGCAUCCCCUGAGCCCCAAACAAGACCCAGGCAUGCAGUCAUAAUGAACAAAGGGUGCACAUCCCCUUUAGGGUCUCCCCAUGCUGUUGUCCAAUUCGUGGUCUCCAACAAAGCAGACGUGGUUAAUUUUAUUCUGAACACAUCUAAUCUUAUUUCUGAGCUGUACAUCCACUGCAGUGUGCUCAUCUCAGACCAGGGCGUCACCUCUGGCUCUAAAUCCUGCAACUACAAUCUGGAUGCAGAUGUGAUGACAGAACGAGGAGCAAAUGACCGACCAAUAAUUCGCUCAAAACUUGAGUUCUCCAAAGGUUCGGAUGGGUCGCAGUCGCUCAGUUAUGAGGAAGAAGUGGUGAAGCAACAAGAGGAGACCAAGAGAAAACCGAAGCAUGGACUAAAGGGGAUGCGUUCAACUUUCCUGCAAUUGUUGAGGAGGAUGGACAAAGCAGAGUAA